AUGUCCUACGCAGACCCAGCCCGCGUCCCUGAAAACCACCGCGACCACAAUGACCCUUCCGUGCCGUUCGAGCCCACGGGUGCCGUGACGAAGGACUCGCUCGCUGCCGAGUCCCUCGAACAGCAUGGGGAGUUCGAAAAGAACCCCAAGGCUCACGUGCUAGGCGUCGAAGGCGGGAAGUCUACCCUAGCAAACACGGACACGUCUGGUGCAAGCGCGCUCCCACCUUCCAGCAGCGGAGCUGCCAGAGAUGGGGAUGAGACGACCAAGUACCCAGAUGCUGAUGCCGGAAAGGCGGAUGGCACGACGACCUCGGAGGGCAACUACUACGGAGGUGCCUCAGCAGGCAAGAUUUCCAGCGGAUAUGAUACGAGCAACGUCCAAACUUCGGACUAUGGAGGUGAUAACAGGGGCCAGAAGGAGCAGCAGGCUGAGACGAUCAAGUCUUCGCAGGGCCAGAGUGGGGCCUCUGGUAGUGGCAGCAGUGGUGCGACGGAGACAGCCGCUCUGCGUCGCAGCUGCAGAAGGAGACUGUCAAGCAGGCUCAGUCGCAAGGCGGUAGCGGUGGUGCUGGCACCGGAACGGGCAGCAGCGGUGGUAGCGGUGCUGCAGAAGGAGACCGUUCAGCAAUCGCAGUCUGCAUCUUCAUCGUCGGGAGCGGGCGCAUCCGCAUCCGCGUCGUCAGGAGUAGGAGCAGACACCACCUCCUCAUCAGGGCCCUCUGCUGGUACAGGCAUUCGGCCACACGUCGACGCGGCGCCGAACUACGCGGCUAGGGUGUCUGGUGCCAUUCCCGCUGAAGGCGAUGAUCCUACGUAUAAGCCAAAAGGCACGAAUCUGACUGAGGGAGGGGAUAUUCCUGAGAACGUCAAGACGUUUACUGGGAACGUUGGUGGCGCGAAGGAUCCCGGACGAUUGGCGGAGCAGAACUUUGAGGCGAUCAAUGCGAAUGUUGCUGGUGGUGGGUUGGGGAGGGAUAAGGAGGGGACGACGGAUGUCGGUGGGCAGUAUGGUGUUUUGGGGAGCGAGAAGCUACAAUAA